AUGGGCCUGAGGCAGUGGAGGAACAGUAUAAAAGUAUAUUCAUCUCCUCAUUCCCUCAUCCAUUCUUGCUUCCAUCUCUCUGCGAACAAGGUGCCCCUCCAGACACAAGACAUGUCCUGCUACGACCAGUGCCUGCCACGCCUGCCCUGCCAGCCCUGCGGCCCCACCCCUCUGGGCAGCAGCUGCAACGAGCCCUGCGUCAGGCAGUGCCAGGACUCCAACGUCUUCAUCCAGCCCUCUCCCGUGGUGGUGACCCUGCCCGGACCCAUCCUCAGCUCCUUCCCGCAGAACACCGCCGUGGGAUCCUCCACCUCCGCUGCCGUUGGCAGCAUCCUCAGCUCUGAGGGCGUGCCCAUCUCCUCUGGAGGCUUUGGCCUCUCUGGCAUUGGCAGCCGCUUCAGUGGCAGGCGGUUCUUCCCCUGCUAA